GCUCCAUGGUUCGAAAUUUUGGGUAACGAGAACAAGUGACGAGAUUUGCUAGUGAGCGAAAUUUUGCUAUGAGAACAAAAGAUUUUAUCUAAUUAAACGGUAUACAAAAGUUGGCAUACUUAAAACCGAAAAUCCGAAAAAGAAAUGUCAAGAUACUCAUAUAGAGCUAAUAGAAGUGAUUUGGUCCCAUCAACACCUGAUGAAGAAAACAGUGGAGAUGAAGCUUCUGAUUAUGAAGUUUCUGAAACCCCUAUUGAUGAUUCCUUACGGCAGCCAAAAUCAAACACAUCUAGUCUUGAAGAGACAGACGUAAUAGAAGAAUCCCUCCAAGAAUAUAGUUCAGAGCCUGAACAGCCACAACAUUCAAACAGCUUUGAAACUUCUGAGCAUGAGAAAUCUUGGGAAUCAGAAGAUCAGCUAGACAGGAGUGGGAUUUCUAACAAGGAACACCUUAGUGCUUCAAAGUUCAACAGCAAUAGUAUGAAGGACCAGCAGGUAAAGCAUAGAUCUAGUAGGAGUUCUGAUGAAGAUUCAAAUGACGAUUCCGAAGCGAACGUGUCAUACCGUCUCAAAGGAAUAAGUCCCGUCCCUGGAAUGGAAUACGCCAGUCAACCUGACCCUGAUGAUACUUAUCAAGUUAUCCAAGCAGGAAAACGCCAUGGACAUAUGGUUAUUCGCAGUUCGGAAGAAAACUCUGCUGAGGCUUCUGAUGCAGAAGACGUGGCUGUUCAGAAGUCCAACUUGUCUGAUAGAUCUGUUAGUUCCUUAUACAGUCUAGACGAUUCUUCUCCCUACCCGACUACGAAGAAAAACGCAUUCAGAAACCCAGUGGACAGUGAUUCUGACUCUAGUUUCGACGCCUCACGGGUAAAAAAGCCUACGAUCACCAGCGAUGAGUCAGAUUCCAGCGUCGAACCUACACCGCGUGUACGUCAUACGCGAUCUCUAGGAAAGCGUGUUGUAAAGAGAAUUGAAAGUGAUGACAGCGAUGAGGAUUCAAGCCCACGAAUCACGCCUCAUAAUAGGUAUGAAGGACCCAACAAAGCUGACAAUCACGUAUCUUCCUCAAACGGUAGAUUUCCUUCAACAAGAAUGGUUUCACCAAAACCUUCACUACACUCGACGUCCUCUACAUCACCACACCUAAGUCAAAGCCUAAUUCAAGAGGCUCCUCUUGCGACAAGCUUUGAUAAAUACGAUUCUGGAAAUGGUUCCACUAUGGAGCGUCACAAUGAAAAUGGAUCUAGAAAAUCUUCCACUGCAAUUGAAAAUAAAUCACAGCGUCCCGAUCCUCUAGAAGAGGAUGCCGAAAUACCGAUAGAAGAUCUUUCCAACAGCAUCCUCGAAGUGUCAAGUACAGUAGUUUCAUUUUCCAGUCCUGAAGUUCUAGAUAACAGCAUCGAAGAAAUCACUUCGGCGUCGGAGAUCUCACUACCGAUUCCUCCAGUAACGCUCUCGGCUGCAGAGGCGGUACGGUUGCGCGAAGACCUGGAGCGGAAGAAACUUUUAAUGAAGUCGUGCAGGUUAGAGUCGCUGCCCGAUGGAGGAGCAAAACUUAAAGAACAAAUUCGUCUGAUAACGGAGAAACUGGAGUCGGCUGCAGUAGUUCCGGAUAUUCGCCCUGCCCCAGUUGUAUCAUCGGCGUCAGAUAGUGAGGUUCAAGAAGAUGAACUUCGUAAGCAACUGCAAAUGAAAAAGUGGGCCAUGGGAAACGCAUCUGCUGGGCAAAAGGAACGUUUACGGAUUGAAAUUGGUGACAUGGAGCGUCGCCUCAUUCAACUGUCAAUCGCAAAUGCUACUAAUGCCGGUGCCACUUCGAAAUCGAAAUUUGUUGAUUUUCAAAGCGAAAUGAGCAGCCGUACAUUAGGUGAAAAGCAAAAAGGGAUUCAGCUUCUUCCGGAGGCACCGAGGUUAACAGAAAUGCAAAAGAAGAUGUUUGCGGAUAAUGCUGGGAAAGAGUUGUAUCAAAAAACAGAAACUGGAUACAUCUCCGCAGCAGCCCGCCGAGAAGCCGUCUCUAUUACUAUGGACUCGCUUGAAAAUCUUCAUCGCUCUCUUGCCAGCUGCCCGAAGGAAACGGAAAAAGAACCUACACCAUCCUGCCUCACGGUCCCUCUUUUACCUCACCAAGAACGUGCCCUUAAGUGGCUCUUGUGGCGUGAAACUCAAGUCCCAGCCGGAGGGAUAUUGGCCGAUGAUAUGGGUUUGGGCAAAACUCUGACUAUGAUUUCGUUGGUCGUACGCCAGAAGGAGCUAGAUCCAGCACCGCCGGCUUCCAGUGAUAUAUGGCUUUCCAAGACCGUCAAGAUUAAGCGGUCUGCUGGAACACUCGUCGUCUGCCCUGCAAGUGUAGUAGGUCAGUGGGAGAAAGAAAUCCAGCGACGCUGUAAACGUAAUUCGUUGAGUGUGGUGAUUUUUCAUGGCCCAGAUCGUAACAAGUUGGCGCCCAAACUGCACCAUUACGAUGUAGUCAUUACCACUUACCAGAUUGUUUCAAGAGAAAUUGCGAAUGUGAAAAUCGACAAGAAGGAUGGCGAUUCCAAACCAAUUGGUGAUUUCGACGUCGAAACUGAUGCGAGUGCCAUACGACAGUCGGUUCUACUACAAAUCGCAUUUGAUCGCAUCAUCCUUGAUGAAGCCCACGUGAUUCGUAAUCCGAAAGCGGGUAUAUCGCAAGCUGUUUGUAGGCUGCGUGCGGUCCGUCGGUGGGCAGUUUCUGGUACUCCGGUACAGAAUAAAGAGCUGGACAUGUACUCUCUUUUGCGUUUCCUUCGCGUGUCACCGUUCGACCAAUUAGCGGUGUGGAAGCGAUGGGUCGAUUCUUCAAAGGCCAAGAAUGAGCAAGCUCAAGGACGGCUGCAACUUCUAAUCAAAGCCCUUCUUUUGAGACGCACGAAAGACCAAAAGGCUGAAGGAAGCGAAACACCGCUCGUUGCAAUGCCAUCUAGGGAGGUGCAUGUUCACCAAGUUCAGCUAUCGAAAGAAGAGAACGAAGUAUAUCAAAAACUUCUUGCCUUUUCGCGUAAGGCUCUAGAGGAGUAUAUAAAAGGCCAAGAGGCGAGGAUGAGAGAAGGAUUUACAUACGACCGAACGAAUCUUCCUGAACUGCCUCAGAAAAACGUGACAAAGCAAAUGAUGUUGGUAUUACUGCUUCGUCUUCGACAAGCUUGCUCACAUCCUGCUUUAAUCCAGACAAUGUUGGAUGCUACCGAAACAGAAUCGAUGGGCAGUGAAGAAGCCAAAAUUGAAGACAAUGACAUGGACUUGAUCUCCCAAAUGUCAAACAUGACGUUAGGCAGUAAACCUGACGAGCCAAAAAAAGAAGAAGAAAACUUUUUUACUCAUACGAACCCUAUCUUCGACCGCGAAAACCUAAGUAGCAAGAUGAAGUAUAUUAUCGACGAAGUGAAGAAAAUUGUCGCUCAGGAUCAGAAAGCUGUCGUAGUCUCUCAAUGGACGUCCAUGCUUGAGCUGUUUGCCCAGCAUUUUCGCAAACUUCGGAUUCGUUGCCAUUUAAUAGCGGGCAGUGUUGCAAUUAAACACCGUACAGAAAUCGUGGAAGAUUUUAACGGAAACCCCAAGGGCUCACCGGUAAUUCUUCUUUCACUUAGCGCCGGUGGAGUAGGACUGAAUUUGGUUGGUGGGAAUCACAUCUUUCUGGCCGAUAUGCAUUGGAACCCACAGUUGGAGGCUCAGGCAUGUGACCGUGUCUAUCGCGUUGGCCAAACGAAAGAUGUUCACGUUCACCGUAUGGUCACGCAAGGUACCGUUGAAGAACGCAUCCUCCAACUGCAGCAACAAAAAUUGGCCAUGGCUAAUGGUAUUCUUACCGGAGCAGCAAAACUUGCGACAAAAGGUUUGACCAUUGAUGAUUUGAAGAUGCUUUUUAACCCCGGUCCCCCACCUUAUGCUCCGAAGCCCAUGUUAAAUCCUGAUGGAUUCUAAAAGUACUUGGCAUCUUCCAUUUAAAAUAAUGUAUCAAAAUUCGGAUUUUAAUUUUUCAAUUUGUUCGCUUUUAUUCAAUGUUCAUGCCCAUGAAGAUCCCCAAUAAUUAUUGAAGUUCAAGGGAAAAUAAA